UAUCCACGGUGGGUGUGGAGGAUGGAAUUGAAGUGGGAAGGGAGAGAGGUGUUGACGGGCGGGCAGAAGAUCGAUCGGUUUUCUUUCUCCCACCUCCCCCGCCAACACAGCCAUGGACCCCCAGAAACAGCUUCAGGCCCUUUCGGAUGAGUUCCAGCAGCUGCAGACCGAGCUCGAAGGUCUGAUCGAUGCCCGCCAGAAGCUCGAGUCGCAGCAGCAGGAGAACCAGGGCGUACAAACCGAGUUCAACCAGCUGGACGAUGACGCCAAUAUCUACAAGCUUGUUGGGCCCGUUCUCUUGAAGCAAGAUAAGACCGAAGCGACCAUGGCCGUCAACGGUCGACUGGAGUUCAUUGAGAAAGAAAUCAAGCGAAUUGAGAAGGAGAUUGAAGAGAAGCAGGAGACAAGUGAGAAGAAGCGCGCUGAAGUCAUGGCAAUCCAAGCCCAGGCCCAGCAACAAGCUGCCUCUGCCUCCGCGUGAGCUUGAUCAGCCUCGAUGCUUCUACAAUAAUGCCGAUGGAUGAUGUUUGAGGGAAGGUGAUGCAGAUGUUGAAGAUCCCAUAUGCUGUGCACUGCGCACUUAUAUGGCCCUGAUCU